AAGAUGUAUCCCAUCUUGCUUUCUUUGUGUUUUAUUCUCAUUCAAGAUGCAAUCCUAUCACAACCAUUGCUUUACCAUUUUGUUGUGAAUGAAACAUCUUAUACCAGACUGUGCCACACUAAGUCCAUUCUGACAGUCAAUGGGCAAUUUCCAGGACCUACAAUUUAUGCACACAAAGGUGACACAGUAAUAGUUAAAGUUGUCAACAUGAGUAAAUAUAACAUAACACUUCAUUGGCAUGGAGUGAAACAGCCGAGGAAUCCAUGGUCAGAUGGACCGGAAUACAUAACUCAAUGUCCUAUAAAACCAGGUGGAAAGUUUACACAAACUGUGAUAUUUUCUGAAGAGGAAGGGACUCUUUGGUGGCACGCUCACAGCAAUUGGGCAAGAGCAACCGUGUAUGGUGCUAUUAUAAUCUAUCCCAAACGCGGAGCUAGAUACCCUUUUGAAAACCCUGAUAUUGAAGUUCCUGUAUUAUUAGGUGAAUGGUGGAAACGCGAUAUUGUUGAGAUUUUCGAGGAAUUUCGCCGCUCAGGUGGACCGCCAAAUGUCUCAGAUGCUUUCACUAUAAACGGUCAGCCUGGUGAUUUGUACUCGUGCUCUAGUUCAGAAACAUUCAAGCUAAGAGUGCAUCGAGGAUCAAAGAUUCUACUCCGGAUAAUCAAUGCUGCAUUGAAUGAGAUUCUCUUCUUCGCAAUUACGAAGCAUAGAGUUACAGUCGUAGGCACAGACGCAAGCUACACAAAGCCCCUAACAAGAGACUACAUAGUCAUUGGACCGGGCCAAACAAUGGACGUCCUCCUAGACGCUAACCAAAAACCCGGAUGCUAUUAUAUUGCUGCUAAAGCAUACUCAAGUGGGAUCAACGUCGAUUUUGACAACACCACUACCACGGCCAUUUUACAAUACAAUCAACACUCGACUAAAAAUACAACAUUUCCACUUUUUUUGCCUUAUCUUCCUAAUCAUAAUGACACUAACGCCUCAUUUUCUUUCACAAGUAGCUUGAGAAGUUUAGCUACCAAAGAUCAUCCUAUACAAGUUCCUUUAAAGAUCAAUCACCGAAUUUUCUCUACUAUAUCAAUUAACGCAUUACCAUGUUCAGCUAACCGUUCUUGUGAGGGUCCAAAUGGGACUAUUCUUGCUGCUAGCAUGAGCAACAUAAGUUUUGUUUUACCGAAAAUCGAUCUGUUGGAGGCUUAUUAUUAUCAUAUUAAAGGUGUUUAUAUGAAAAAUUUCCCUACGAUUCCUGAAUUUCUGUUUAAUUUUACUGCCGAGUUUCAAGAUUUGCGUCUGGAAGUGUCUAAAUUGAGCACCCGAGUGCGAGUCUUAAAAUAUAAUUCUACUGUUGAGAUUAUACUGCAAGGCACCACUUUGGUUACUGCACUCGAUCAUCCUAUGCAUCUCCAUGGCCAAAGUUUCUAUGUUGUUGGCUCGGGAUUUGGCAAUUUCGAUAAGCAUAAGGAUCCUAAGAACUAUAACUUGAUCGAUCCUCCGUUUCAAAACACUCUGAUUGUGCCUAGAAAUGGCUGGUCUACUAUCAGAUUCAAAGCCCAUAACCCUGGAGUUUGGUAUAUGCAUUGUCAUUUUGAGCGCCAUUUGACAUGGGGCAUGAUGACAACUUUCAUUGUAAAGGAUGGAAAAGACCCAAAAUCACGAAUGCUACCACCUCCUCGCGACAUGCCACCCUGUUGAAGACUUAAUCGCAUUUCCUUUCGGUUCGUCAUCAUCAUUCUCGGUGUAUCCUGCUUAUGAAAUAACUCAAUAUGUGUCGCCAUCACUAUUUCCGAUGUAUCCCGCUUAUAAAAUGGCUCGUAGAUUGGCUCUAAAAUGUGUCGUCAUUAUUAUUUCCGGUGU